AUGCCUCUUCUUUUGUUAUUAGUACUCAUUGGGAUUACUGUAAGGAUUACUGUAUAUUUCGCUCCACCCACAUCAACAUUUCAGACUCAAGACACAGAAAAAAUGAUCUCAAUUUUCGGAACCCCCGUAUCUUAUACCACAUCUACAACAAUGAAUUUCAACUUUAGCGAUUGUAUGGACUACUGUUUGGAAAUGCCCGCUUGUAUGGUUGUGCAGGAUAAUGGAAAUGGGACUUAUGAAUCUGACAGGCAGUGGUACUUGUCCAGACGCAGCGUCGGAGAAUUCGGUUACGCAACUGUUGUUGGACCAUACAACACCACCUACUCAAAUGGAAUCUGGAAAUUUACCACUCUCGCAUGCCCAACCAACUUCACCUUGGUGGAACGGCCACUAGGACAGUGGUGUAUUGGGGUUAUCCCAGCGUCUAAUGCAAUAACUCAAACCUAUGCAUCUACUGCUUGCUCUGCUCUCUACGGAGGAGUUCUAAGCGGGCUUCAGUCUCUUGACGAAUAUAAUCUGGUCAUUGGUGAGCAGGAAGUGCUGGAAAUUUUUAGAAAAAAAGUUUUAGAAAUGGCUCAACCCGUUUUGGCUGGAUUUUCUGCUACUAUUCGAAGUUAUGCGGCACUGGGAUUCUGGAUUGAUGGAAGUCGCAAAGCGGUGUGUAAAUCAACCGUUACAAGUGCUUCCUGUAAUGGAACGAAUGAAUUUACUUUCUUUGAUCCAACCCUUUCUGCCUACGACGGAUAUGUGUGGGGACCUCGCCAACCAAGUGGAAUCUCAUCAGACAACUCAAAUUGCAUUCAGUUCCCUUUCCUAACCGCCAAUGGUACUAGUACGGGUGUGGAUGAUUAUACAUGCAGCUCCACUAUAAGCGAUACCCUUACCACCGCUUUUGUUGGCUACAUUUGUGGUGUGCGCCCCAGUGUACAAUAA